AUGGAGGAAAAGGACUACUCCACCGACCCUGAAUGGGCCGAUAUCACACCAAUUCCCCUAGACGAUGGCUCUAACUCCGGAGCGGCCCCGCUGGCUACCAUUGCCUACCCACCCGAGUAUCUCGAGUUGACCUCGUAUCUGCGCGCCGUGAUGGCCGCAAAUGAAAUGUCCGAGCGGGCGCUGAAGUUGACGGAAGACGUGAUCUCGAUGAACCCGGCUCAUUACACCGUAUGGUAA